AUGGCGCCCAAUUCUAACUCAUCGCAGAACACCAGUGACGAAAACCUCCCACAAAAAGCAUUCGCAUUUGUUCAAAAUGAGAGCAAUAAGAGGGAACUUCGAAGCCAUGCUAUGCGGGAGCAUUGGAAGAAUAGACGACAGACGAUGAACGAGGAGAAGCAAAAAAGACAGAAGCGCACGCAGCAUACGCUAUUACCGACUCCCACGACGCAAUCGACAGUGUCUGAUGAGAACUCCGAGUCCUCUAGCUCAGCACUCAACACCAAUGCCUCAUCUGAAACAGCAUUGGUACCUAACAACGAACGUCAAUCAGAAUUGGAAGGCAUUCCCAAUCAGAUACUCUCAGGAGUGAAUCUGGCGUUGGGGUCGAGCAGGCUUGACCCUUUCGAGCAACUGCCCAUGAAACUGUCGGUCACACAUCACAAGCUUCUCCAUCACUGUUUUAGCGCUCACGCCGCUAUGAUGUUUGGGCCGUCCCUUGAUGGGGCUUUUAGCCCUAUGCGCGACGUAUGGCUGCCCCUUGAUCUGUCUAAUCCGGCAUCGUUCAAUGCACUCAUGGCGCUUUCAGCUGCGCAUCUUUCUCGGAUGCAAGGGUUCAGUCAAUCAGAAGUAGCGCUGGAGUUCAAGAGUGAAGCGGUGAGGAUCGUUCAGCUCUGGAUGCAGGAUCCGGAGCGUGCAGUGUCUGAUGAUGUCGUGGCUGCGAUCCUACGUCUCUUGACCUACGAGAGGUACUGGGGAACCGAGGCUGAGUGGAUCAUCCAUCACAAGGGUCUGAUGAAUCUCGUCGAGGCUCGUGGCGGUAUAGCGGCACUCAGCAGUAACUGGAGGCUUGAGCUAACGACGUUCCUGGUCUCAUUAAUGGCAAGACCAACUUGGUUCGACUGUUCCAACCAAAUUCAAGAACUUCUCGCUCAUCCUUCGGAGCUCCCAUCACGUCCCAUCCUAGGCAGAGAAAGUGAUCUACGAAAGCUUCGGAGCCUAUGGCUGGUUUCGUUCAUCCAAGACAUUGGCACAUUCCGAACGAACCUCCUGAGUACCACCCCGGUACAUUACUCGGUGUUUCACGAAGCCAUCUUACUAUUAAAGGCUCACCGCCAAGAUCACGAUUCGGAUACUGGCCGUCCAGAGCUCUGCAGCGACUUGGAAUUCACCCGGCUUGCCUGUUUGCUGUUCAUCUGCGUUCUCUUGCAAAAAUCACAUUUCGAGUCUCCCCACGGCGCUGGAAAUUACCAAGAAGGGGACUGGGGUUUCCAAAGGCUGGAUAAUCUGAAUAUGCUCAACUUCUGCCUCGAGGCAAACCACCCAUCCUGGCAUGAUUCUCUCGAGAAUCUUAAUAGUAUUCUGUUUUUCCAUUUCACUUCCUCGGAGGACACAGGGCUUGAUCCAGACUAUGUUCGAAACAUGACGACAGUUCUUGCGUCUUUAAGUGGUGGCGCUCGGUAUGCUGUGGAGCGCUGUCUUCUUGAGACUUUAUGCCGAGCAAGUGGCGGUGAACAGAACUUCCCCGAGGAGAAGUUCACCCCUGACAUCCUAUUGUCGUCGAUAUCUGGGCAGUGA